CCAAAUUCCCAAUUCAGUCUUCCCUUCUUUCCACCAUUUCUUACGCUUACUCUUUAAUGACAGAGGAGAAGGCAUGGAUGGUUAACGUAAUCUAGCCGAUACCCGUUUCCCCAUGUAAAGUCAAAUUCCGCUGGCCGAGUUACCCAUCAUCGUCCCCUCUGCUCUUUCUUAGCCCUCCCACCUUCUUGUUAUUCGUUAUUCCUUCCGUUCAUUCUGCGAGUUCUUGGGGAAAUCACAGAGAGAUAGAGAGAGAGAAAAGAUGAAGAAUGAACAGCAGGCUCGGUCUCUGUUCGGGAUUUCCCUCACCGACCUACCCAGAUGGAAGCAGUUUCUGAUUUGCUCUUCUGGGUUUUUCUUCGGCUACCUUGUCAAUGGCAUCUGCGAGGAAUAUGUGUACAACAGGCUCCAGUUUAGCUACGGAUGGUACUUCACAUUUAUCCAGAGCUCCGUGUAUGUUGUCAUGAUAUACAUCCAAGGCUUCACGCCCAAACAAAUGGUGAACCCAUGGAAGACUUAUGUGAAGCUCUCUGCUGUCCUCAUGGGCUCCCAUGGACUCACCAAGGGAUCUCUCGCCUUCCUCAAUUACCCUGCACAGAUCAUGUUCAAGUCCACCAAGGUCCUGCCAGUGAUGGUGAUGGGUGCAUUCAUACCGGGUCUGAGAAGGAAAUACCCAGCCCAUGAGUACAUAUCUGCACUGCUUUUGGUGGUGGGGCUGAUCCUCUUCACCUUGGCGGACGCCAGAACGUCUCCAAACUUCAGCGUGGUUGGCGUCGUCAUGAUCUCUGGCGCCUUGGUCAUGGAUUCCUUUCUUGGGAACUUGCAGGAAGCCAUCUUCACCAUGAAUCCUGAAACCACCCAGACUUUACUUGCAACUUUUUUUUUCUUUCCUUUUUUCAUCCAUUGUUUGCUGCAGAUGGAGAUGUUGUUCUGCUCGAGCAUAGUGGGCUUGCCUUUCUUGAUCCCUCCCAUGCUUUUGACAGGAGAACUCUUCAGAGCAUGGACCUCGUGUUCGCAGCAUCCAUACGUGUACGGAGUGUUGGUGUUUGAAGCCAUGGCAACAUUUAUUGGGCAAGUCUCAGUGCUAUCCCUCAUUGCCCUUUUCGGUGCUGCCACCACAGCCAUGGUAACAACGGCGAGGAAAGCGGUGACUUUACUGCUGUCCUACUUGAUAUUCACCAAGCCAUUAACAGAGCAACAUGGGACUGGGCUCCUCUUAAUUGCCAUGGGGAUUACUAUUAAGCUGCUGCCGGAUCAGGGUCCUAAUCCGAAUUACAAGAGGAUUUCUUCUUCUUCUUCUUCUCGGACUUCAACUGGUGGAGAAACCAGAAUUGAGAUGCAGGAAGAGAAAGAUGGCGGUGUAGAGACGAGGCCUUUGGUUUAAGACUCGAGAUGAGGGGGGGGGGGGGGGGGGGGAAAUGGAAAUUGUCUAUUUAAUAAGCGCUUUCUGAUUAUAGGGGAAAUUUCAACUGAAUACUACUUAGUUGGCUAUAAGGUUUUUUCUUUUUUAAUUUCAUUGGCAAAUGUAUCAAUCCAGUUAAUCGCUAAUUCCACCCUCUCUUAGCUUACUCCCUUAAUCGAUCAUUCCUUGCAAAUUGGAUUUAGAGUGAGAGGGAUCUGUAAUAUUACUUUAGUAGUUAUCUCAUCUUUAAUAUAAAGUUGAUCUAUUAUGAAAUUCAUG